GCCUAAUCACCACGAUUGUAUUCUUCACUCCAUAAUAAUUGUGCCACAUGGACAGUUACUUUCAACCGGCCAAAAUUAUUACCUUCACUGUCCUGAAGCUCUUUGCUUGUUGCCGAUCCCGUACGAAGGGGACAAUCGCACCAGAAACAUCGGAGAUCCGAUCCCAAAAAUCAAUCAACUCUCUAGCAUUUGUCUACCCUACAAAUAACUUAGCCGAGUUACCAUCAAAUGAAGAAGAGCACCCGGAGAUGACGACGUUAUCUGGUCCGAUUGGACGGGUGUCCAAUGUAUCAAUUCUAAGCAAUGAUCGUUGGCUAGGACAAAAGAUACUUGAAGUCACCCUUGCAACUGUAACUCUGAGGUCACUCCCUCCAAUGGCCACAGAGAACGAUGUUGAAGACUUGUACCAAGAUUUGAUGCACACUUUUCGAUAUGAAGAAUGCCUUAAAGCAUUGUGUAAUCAAACCGAGCUCUCGGAGACAGAUGCUAAUUUUCGAGAUCUUCUCUUGGGCCAAAUUGGCCACAUUCACCGCCAGACCCAGGCCAGUGGCUCAGUAUCUCUUGGCAUCAACCUGGAGAAAUAUAUCGACGACCGUCGCCGACUUCAGAACGAGAAGUGCAUAACAAAACAGGAGUCUAAUCUCGAAUCCACACGGGAGGCAAGAGCUCUAUCAGACCCACAAACUUUACUGUUGUCACCAUUAAAGACCAGUAUUACGAUUUCUCCCAACCAAAACGGCACGUUUCAUAAGCCUUGUUUGAAAUUUGGGCUGAACACCGAACCGGCGCAUUUACCAGCAUAUACUUCAAUACUUAAAGAGUAUGCUGACAAGCAUGGUAUCUUGUUAAGCUAUACCGAGAAUCAGACUCAAUUUCAGCCUACGAGGUUCACUUACAAAGUCACUUUAGGAGAAUUGGAGGCAAUUGGACGAGAACGGAGUAAUAAGAAAGAUGCAAAACAUGAGGCUUCAAAAGCCCUCUGGAAUCCGGAAUGAGUGCCGCUGGAGACUCUCGGGUUCUAUACAUUCUCACUACUCUUCUUUUUCAUGAUAAAAUCAGUUAUUUCUUUUCACUGGAACGUGUUAUUAGUAAAAGUUAACUUUGGUUUCUUAUUAGUUCUAGUUGAUGUGCUCUUUGCUGGGUUGUCACAUUUCCAAUCAUACGAUAUACAAUUUUUUCCCCUUCAAAACAAGACUUCUAGAUUUCGCAAAACAUAACCGUAACGUAUGACCGACCCGACGCCGGCGUGCUACAAGAGUAUGAAGCUGGCUCUAUUCUUUCAGUCUGUGGUUGAAGUAUCGUUCGGAAAAUAUAUUCUG